CUAUGUGUUUGUCAUCCCCCUCGAAAUUCUCACUCAGUUACACCGCCGACUCACUCAACCCCGCGAUAUCCCGAUAACGCCGAAACAGCGAAGUCAUGUGACUAGGACGGCCAAAUGCGUUUCCAAGGACUGACUUGCGUUGGGAUUUAUCACUUGCAUAGUCUGAGUCGCAGUAUUCAUGGAGCUGCGUGAGUGCCUGUCACGUGGUCGUAAGCCGAGCUGUUGGAGGAAGCUCGACAGAGAGCUGUCAGUCAUAGUUAGAGGCGUGACUUGCGAUGGCGAGAGCAGUACGGUAUGAGUUCGUGAGAGAUGUGGACAAGCCUUUCCCCAUCCGUAGCACAGUCAUACGGUGAAGUUGCUACCUUGUAGGUUGCCAGCCUACUGAGCAGAACAACGGAUCGUAUGUUCUUACUCAUUCUGAGAUAUCACCUUUCUUUGAGUAUAUAUCUCUUCUUUCAUCCUGCCCCAAUAUCAGGUCAAACUUGGAAUCUUUGUAUUAAAAUCUAAAUAUUAAUACGAAUUGUCUACCUACUUUUUAAUAUAUCCGUUUCCAACUUCUCACAUUUCACAAUUGCAACCAUGAGGGGCCUUUUCAGAAAAGCUGACCCUGACGCCGACGAGAAGACCCUGUGCGAUGAUGGCGAGCAAACCACACUUCCAUUCAGGGAGCGCGAAAAGACCGACGACCUUGAAGAUGAAACGGACGAUAGCGUUUCUCUGACCCUACAUCCCCUUCCAGAGAUGGAGGAAGUGAUCGUUUCUGUUCAUCCUCCGAAAGGGAAGAGCCGCACGCCAUGUGAUAUUGUGCUGGUCAUUGACGUCUCGGGCUCCAUGGCGACAAAGGCACCAUCGCCAGAAACUGCCGUGGGAGAGACCGAGGUGAAUGGCCUUACAGUUCUGGACCUGACCAAGCACGCCGCGAGGGCUAUUAUUGAGACCUUGGAUGACAACGACCGCCUCGGAAUAGUCACGUUCUCCGACGAAAUCAAGAUUGUCCAGCGUCUGAAGCCGAUGACCAAAUCGAACAAGACCGCAGCCUGGAACAACAUAAAAAAUAUUCACGCUGGUGGUUUGACGAAUAUCUGGCAGGGUAUUCUUCAGGGGAGAAGUCUGUUUGAGGACGAACCGCGGCCAGGGAGUGUGCCUGCGCUUAUGCUGCUGACGGAUGGUGCGCCCAACGUCGGCUGCCCGCCGCAGGGAUAUGUUACACAGCUCCGUAUGUAUGAUCUUCCAGCGCCAAUCCAUACGUUUGGUUUUGGCAGCCAGAUUGGCUCUUCCCUUCUCCAAUCCAUUGCAGAAGUUGGGAGCGGCAAUUUUGCAUACAUUUCCGAUCCAAGCAUGCUUGCUACUGUGUUUAUUCAUGCGAUUGCCAAUCUCCAAUCCACAUUUGCAAUGUCGGCAACCUUGACAAUUGAGGCUUCUCAAGGCCUUCAACUGGCCGAGACCAUGGGUGACUACAUCAGAAAGGAAAUCCCAAAGGACCAAGCCCAGUCACCCAAGGGCAAGUUACUCAUACCUUUCGGGGGCCUACAGUAUGGACAAUCCCGCGACAUAUUUCUCAAGUAUGAACCAUUUGAGCAGAAAGAUGAGAAGCCUGUUAUCAAGGCCGAGCUCCAAUGCAGACCCCUAAACAAGACUUCGGGCAACUGCCUCGCAUCCUGCAGCGUUUCAGACAGCCCGAAUAUGCAGCCCGAGGUGAUCGACUUCCACCGCAACCGCGCUACGGUAUGCGAAUUCAUCAGUUCUCUCUCACCAAUUUCCAAGACCCACGAACGGAUCAAGGCCAAUUUGCGCGACGUUGAACCGAAACGCGGCCAGCUACAGAACCUAAUCGUCGCCAUCCGCGCCAUGGUUCUCGACGACGAUGCCAACAUCGGGCUCCUUGAGGACCUUGAGGGACAAAUGAUGCUCGCUCUCAACAUGAGCUAUUUCGGCGGCUGGGGCUUCCACUAACGUAAGUCGUGGCGUAACGCGGGGGAUGGCGUAACGCGGGGAAUUCACCCCGCCGACUUCUGAUAACUGUGAAUAACUCAACAAUGGUUCGCUGUAAAAGCCUGGGUGUUGCUGAGCGAUCUGCAAGACAACAGUCUGCAAGACAGUACAACAAACCCCACGGCAUUCACAGCCGUGUUCCCAGCAUUUCAAGUGUCGCAAAAGCCAUCAUCAACUUAUGAGCUUGCACAAAGUACAAUCCUUGAUUCUGGAGCCACGGUGCACGUCUGCAAUGACUAUGCAAAAUUCCACAACUUCAAAAAGUGUGAUAGUGAAACAUAUCUCCUCGCAGGAGAUCAACGGGUGAUAAUUGAAGGAUUUGGUUCCGUGAACAUUGAUGUUCAAAAUAGCAAUGGUCAACCAAUAACUAUCGCUCUUGAGGAAACAGCCCUUGUCUCCACUUUCCAUACAUCAGUCGCAUCACUACGCCGAUUCAUCAAAAAAGGCGUGCACUGGAACACGAAGACUGAAUGCCUUACAUACAGAGGCAGCAGUCGCAAAGAAAGUGCAUGCUAUACACAUAGCCUUCAUAUGAUUCAUGCAUUUGGAUGAGAUCGAGGUGUACCUU